UGUGGGGCUGCUCCCCGCGGGGCGGCUCCUGCCACCCGGCCCCCCGCUCCCCACCUUCCCGCCGCCCUCUCACCGCCGCCCCUUCCCUCCCUCCCUCAGGACAACCGGACCGCGCUGCACUGGGCCUGCUCGGCGGGACACACGGACGUCGCCGACCUCCUCCUCGGCCUCGGCGUGCCUGUGGGCGAUAAGGACGAUGCUGGUUGGACUCCAUUACAUAUUGCUGCUUCAGCAGGCCGUGAUGAAAUUGUGAAAGCCCUCAUUGCCAGGGGUGCUCAUGUGAAUGCUGUCAAUCAGAACGGCUGUACGCCCCUGCAUUAUGCAGCCUCCAAAAAUAAGCAGGAGAUUGCAAUCAUGCUUUUAGAGAACGGAGCUGAUCCGGAUGCAAGAGAUCAUUUUGAAUCCACCCCAUUACACAGAGCAGCAGCCAAAGGAAACCUAAAAAUGGUACAGAUCCUUCUGCAGCACAAUGCAUCUGUUAAUAUACGGGAUUCUGAAGGGAAUACUCCUCUUCAUUUAGCCUGCGAUGAAGAGAGAGUGGAGGAGGCAAAGCUCCUGGUGUCUCAUGGUGCAAGUAUUCACAUUGAGAAUAAAGAAGAACUGACUCCACUGAAAGUGGCAAAGGGUGGCCUGGGAGCCAUACUUAAAAGAAUGGUGGAAGGGUAGUGGGGACUUCUGGCUUGACUCUUUCCUGUUGCACUUGUAUUUAAGACUGCAUUCUUUGUAUUUUGAUAGUUCAGUUAGGUUGUUGUGUAUGAACAUCAGCAUGGUAAUAUCUCCUUCAAGUACAGUGCCAAAACAACUGUUUGUACUUCCUGUUAAUUAAAUAGGUCACUGAUUUUAAAGUGUUUUUCAAUAUCUUGCCAUUUUCUUUCAGUUCACAGUAUUGUCUGUAUAAAUGUAAUCAUUCCUUCUAUUUCAGAACUAAUUUAGGAUUAUGUCUCAAGCAACAGGACCAAAAAUGUGUUAACCACUUCAAGUCAAUUUUAUUUUGGAAGCUUAUUCUACAGUCUUUGUUUUUUCCCUUAGCCUUUGUGAUUAGUGUGUGAUCUUUGUUUGCUUUUUUUGUGGGUACUGAUUCUCUUCCUUCAGAUUAUUCUGAACUCAUUGUAGAUUGUAGUUUGCUCAGUUAUUUAGAUAAUUCUAUUCAAUUUUACUAUUCUUAGUCUAUUUAAGUGAACUCUGUGUAUUUAAAGCUUUUAUGUUGUUAUCUAUUGUUAGCCUGUUUCUUUGAAUCUUUCUUUGAUGAAGUGCACUGGACUGCUUGCAGAAUGCAGACACAGUUUCAGGGUUACCUCAGCACACAUACCAUUAUAUAAUGGAUAGCUCUGAACACUUCUCUGGGAUGUACUUCCAAUCUAAUUUUAUUUCCUCUUGCUCCUUCUGUAGAUUUCUUUUUCUGUUCUGACUCCCAUUACAUAGCACUGACGCUCACAGUUUACCAUCUUAUUUUAUAACAGAAGCCUGGUUUAAUCUCUAUUUACUCAUAGAAAAUCCUGGUGUUAAGUUAUUAGAAGGCAGAGCUAAUGAGUCUGAGUCUGAAAAGUGACCUUCUGUUCUGAUGUUGUAAAGAUCGCUUUUGCCACUGGUAGGAUAAAUUUCCCCCUUCUGAACAAACAAUGCUGAUGAAAUUCUGUGAAAUAAAGAACUUUCC